GCCUUGUCGGGUACAUUGAAUGGACCCAUCUCUGAGUUAUUUAUGAAGGGAAAAACUACAGUGGCUUUUGAGAGCUUAACGGAAUUUGCGAAUGAACAUAAUCCGAAAACACAUCAUGUGACGCUUGAGUAUGGGGUCUUGAAGUCCCCUAAUCUCAUGGCGUUUACCUGCCGGUGUGUGGAGGGUUGGGUAAAUGCCGUAUGGGGCGUCUGGUGUAGUGACGAUGGGAGCCGUUGGGAGCAGUGUGGGCUGUGGCGUAGUCGUUUUGGCCAUUUUAAAGCCUCGUGGAAACCCCGGGGCCCUCGACGGUACUGGCGCAUUGAACUGCAAACGUGGGAGCCCAACGUGUUGUUUGAGAAUUUCUACCUCUUUGAGUAUUCUGGUCCUUCCAUUGCUGUUGAGAAUUCAACACCGGUCGGGGAUGGAUGGGAUCCAUCGAUUCUGUGGGAAAAGAACUCCGCUGGAAGCAAAGUGACACCCAUGACAUUUUUGGCGCACGUGGGGACAGCACUGGUGUUUGAAAACAAGAAAGACUCUGCCCAUGUUGUCGGUGUGCGCCUGGUGAGUCACGAGAAACAAAGUACAUCCACCACGUUUGUUGUCGAAUGCAGUUUGGACGCCGUAGAAUGGCGAACACUCAAUGUGUUCCUGUUACUACGUAAUGGCUCCGCGCAAGCGGCAUGGGAAAGUGGCGAUUAUUAUCAGUUCUGGCGUCUUCGUAUUGUGCAGCACACAGGACCAUCCUUCCUUACACUUCGCGAUAUCUGUUUUGAAACUUUUAAGCCGACGCUUUACCGUGUCGUAGAAGCUAAAAAACUGAAUACAGAAAGCCCCGGCUUCGAGUUAUUUCACUUUGGAGCUGAGCCGAAAGAAAUGGUUGCUGUACAAGUAGUGUUGCCGCCUGAAUCCGUGUAUAUCGUGGAGAAACUCUCACCUGACGGUGCCGCUUGGGAGGAAGUUGCGAUCAUCCAGAACAGUGACACGACACAAUCACGGACUGUGCGUCAGGGGUGGGUGCCGAGGGGGUCUUCUUCUUGUUGGCGUUUGCGUCCUGCUGUUCAGAAUGUUGAAGAGGGUUAUGUGGCGUCGUCUCCUUCUAUUUCCACGGAUAUGAGCGCUCAGUGGUACAGUUUUAGUGGAAAGAUGCUUGUUUCCUCAAAACUGAGUGAUAUCCCAUUUGUAGGGGUUACCACGACCGGUUUUUUGGAGGUGCAGGCCCCUGGGCGUCUCACCGAAAAUAAAACAGAUACCGUGGUGCUACGCUCCAUAGGGCAGCAAAAAGUAAUGACGGUUACAUGGUGCUUUGAGAAGGGCAUAACGCCACUUUUUCAUCAAGUGUUUUUGAGGGGACGCAGAUUUACCGAUGUGAUCCGUUCAAUGUCUCUGUCGUCUCUUUCACAACACAAGAAAUCUACACAUACGAUGAAUUCAUCCACGAAAGCGUCAACACGUGCUGGGACGAAUGUUCUUGCUGGUGCCUCAGAGGGAGAAGGGAAUGGCAACACUGAAGGAGAAGCUGAAGAGGAAAUGCAGAAAGAAGAAGACGGGAGUUGUAUUACAAUUGUGGUGGAGACAAGUGAGGAUGGCGUGAACUUUGUCCCGAUUGCAGAGCGUCCCUUCUCCCAACUGGGCAAUUCUCUUUCAUGGCCGACGAAUGUAGCCUCCUCGUACUGGCGGAUCAGGUUUAAAGGAAUUCGAGAGGAUGAGAACCUGGAGUUGCGGCAGGUCACCUGGUUUCAGGAGACUGGUGCCACUACCGCGUUGGCCCCACCAAUACCAUGCAUGGCCAGUCACUCGAUGUACAGCAAAUGGCAGGACGCCGCCUUCAAUUAUGAGGAAGAGUUCUGUCAGAAUUGCCGCGAAGGUUUUGAUCAAGCGAGAAGCGUUUUGAGUGGUCUUCGGGAACCAAAUGAUAUUGAGCGUCAUGGACGUUUGGCAAAGGGUGUAAUUCGACUGAGAGCGCGCUUUAUGAAUUUUGUUGCUAAGACUUCAAAAGAGGCUACAAAAGAAAGGAGCCCGCCUCUUGACAAAUUUGUCUCCAUUGGUCAAACAUUGAGCAAUGACAUCAUGUAUCUACUUUACAAAGCCACAAUAAAUUACGGUUGUAAUGUGGAUGAACUAAAUCAGCUGGUGGAACAUCCAAUGUUACUGUCUCGUGAUUUUGUGCGUUCGGCUGAUAAUAAUUCUUGGUUUUAUCCAAAAUUUUAUGAGACAGGUACAUUGGUGGAAAGCUUUUAUGGCUUUCACAACGUACGUGCCUCCCUUACUGUCUUAUGGAGUCUGUCAGUGCAGCUGCAGAAGAACACAGAUCUUCUUUUUCACCCUUCUAUGACUCCACUCAGUCCGCACCUGGCCUCUGUUAUUAUUACAAUAAAUAUUGAGCGGGACAACUGGAUCGCGGCGGAGCAUUUUCCAGAACUUCCACUCCUUUACUACGCGGGAUUUACAGAACGACCCAUGGUGAUUGUAUUUGCCCUCAAUCAGGUGAAAUUUACCUCCAAAUACAAUUUGACGAUACCCGGGGCAGCCUGCUUUCCUGCCACGUUUCCAUUUAGGAUACUUCCAGGGGUGAACUUUCUCCAACGCAUGCCUCUUACAGCCUGCCCAUUUCCUCUUUUUGAUUGCCUUCAAAUGAUAUAUUCGAAGGAGUUUCUUGGGAAUUACGAAACGGAGGUGGUGUUUACCUCGCCCUCGAUGCAUAGCAGCACAGGCCUUGUUUGCUUCACACUACCAGGAGAAGGUAUUAACUUUUCCAUACCCGGCUUGAAAAUUGAAAGCAUUGAAUUUGAGGUUCAGCUUAAUGUGGAGAGGGAUAUUGGAGAGGAAGGUAAUACCGCGGUGAUGGAGCAAACCGGUGCCGAGGAUGACUUUUCCAAAGUGACGUUUUUUACCCACAACAGUGUAUUUAAGGGUGCGGCUGAAGAUCCACCUGUACAAAUAACUCUUUUGGGAGCCUUUCAUCAGACCGAAGACCGAAUAGCGGUCCGUGGUGUGUCUCCCAGUGCGCAUGUGCCUGUUCUUUGUCGUUUCCCGGACGCAUUUAUCACGGACCUGAACAUCUCGUUUGAUCUUGUGGCUGGAGAAGCACCACAGUCAUUUGUGGAGCCCUUCUUCACGGUAGCGGGCACCCUGACGACACCGACAUGCGGCAGCUACGAUUGUCAGUUUUUUCAGGUACGCCUAAAUCGUGGUCAUGAGUCCAUUGCGCUGCAGGUUGUGAGUUUGCAGCUGGCGAAAUUCAUUCACCUCGGGAAUUAUAUGGUUAACUCUUUAUCUCAAGUGCAGAACAUGGAUUGGCUGCGGAACGUUCCUGUCGCAUGUUCAUUUAAUCUCAAGAUGUGCUAUUCUGAGUUAAGAGUUUUUGGAACUGGAACUAUCUGUAUUUUGGAUUUUAGGGGAGAUGCUUUUGCUAUUAUUUCUCCGGAUGGCGUUGGGAUUACGGCAACACUUCCCACCCUACGUUUUGGUGAUAUUCUUUUAAAAGGGAAGUCUGACAAGGAGUGUGUUGUAGUGAACAUCGCUGCACCUGCUAGCGCCCCUUCCGUCAUACGGAUAGAUGGAUAUAGUUCACUUCUUGCAACUCAAUCCUACCCGACGAAAAUUGAGAUAACCCAGGAAGGGGUCAUGUGCAUCUCUACCGGCGUUUUUUAUGACGUGUGUAUUGAGGAAGAGUCAUUUUUCCCAUCAGGAGCGUACGCACAGGUGACAAUAUCACGUGGGGCCAUCGCCGAUUGUCUUAGUGAACUGUUACAAGAGACGCCUAUGAUUGUUGCCUUUUUGGCUACGGGAAUUCCUUUCUCAUUGGAGGUGGAGGAAGUGGUUGGCGAGGAGUGUUUGUUGGAAAGAAAGCUUCUAUUCCUCACUGUGCGCGGUGUGCUGUUUGGAUGCCGCUUUGAUGUGAUGACAUCUGUGUUAUCUCCAGAUAACACCAUAGAAGAAGCACGUCGAAUUUGCCAGGAUCUUAUUCCCCGUAUCGUGGAGCAGUGCGACGAGUCUCUCUGGGCAUCGUAUGAGUUGCUGGCUGGGUGCUUUUUGCCCCUGGGCUCACCAGAGAGAGAGAGGGCUGCUGAAGAGGGAGAAAAGGGAGCCGUGGAUGAGGAGAGCGGCAAGAAGGAUGAGGAAGCCGCGUUAUCCCCUACUGGGCAACCUGCGCCAGAAAGAAAUUCUUUAAAAGCAGAAAGUGGACAGUUUAUUGGAUACUGGAUCGAGUGCGAGUGCGAGGCGUUAGAUAAAGAAAUCCAGGAAGACUUCGAGACUUUGGCCUGUGAAAACCCCAAAUGGAGUUUCGUUUAG